AUGACAAUAUCUCAUCUUCUUUCUCCAUUACCAUCUCUAACCAGAAACCUAACCCUAACCGGUCGUUCUUCUUCUCUCCCUCCAAACCCUAAUCCCCACUUCCCAAAACCAAGACUUUCAAGGGAAAGAGCAGCCUCCACACUCAUCCUCCGAUCAAAAGGAGACGAUUCCGUCGACGCAUCAGAUCGUCUCAUCUCAGCCGUAUGUUACUUUUACCCAUUCUUCGACGGGAUUCAAUACGGUAAAUUCAUCAUCACGCAAUACCAACCAUUCCAGAUCCUCAUACAACCUCUGUUUCCCGCCAUCAAGGCCUUCAAAAGCUUCCCUUUCAAUGGCUUCCUCAUCUUCAUCACUCUCUACUUCGUCGUCGUCAGAAACCAGAAUUUCAGCAGGUACGUUAGGUUCAACACGAUGCAGGCCAUUGUCCUCGACGUCCUGUUGAUCUUCCCGGAUUUGCUUGAGAGGAGCUUUAAUCCCAGAGAUGGGUUUGGUUUGGAUGUGGUGAUGAGUUUGGACAGCACUGUGUUCCUCUUCUUGCUUGUCUCUUUGAUCUAUGGUUUCUCUGCUUGCUUGUUUGGUCUCAUCCCUAGGUUGCCCAUUGUUGCUGAUGCUGCUGAUAGGCAAGUCCUUUGA